AUGGCGUCUGCAGAGGAGACCUUGUAUUGUUUAUGCCGGAAACCUUAUGACAAAACACAGUUCAUGAUCGAAUGUGAAUCAUGCAAGGAUUGGUUCCACGGAAGGUGUGUGGGAGUUGCAGAGAGACAGGCUGCUGAUAUUGAAUCCUAUCACUGCCCUACAUGUCAGGGUAUACAUGGACCACUUGUCUUAAAGAAGAGAAGAAACUGGCAUCGUCAUGACUACUCUGAAUCUGAUGUCAACAUCUCUAAAGCAAUCCAGACAGGAACCAUUAUGUUCAUCAAAGAACUCAAACACAGGAAUUUUCCAAGUGCAUAUGAUUUGCCAAUCCUACAGCUUCAUGGCAGCCAAUUGAAUACAGAGUUCUUUGACGAGAAUGGCUUUGAUAUUCCUAUCCUGGUGCACAAGAAAGAGGGCCUUGGCAUGUCCCUUCCACCACCUAGUUUCGCAAUACAAGAUGUGGAGAACCAUGUGGGUUCUAUGUUGGAGAUAGAUGUGAUAGACGUAGGGAAGCAAGAAGAUUACAAGAUGUUGAUGAGGAACUGGACAGAAUAUUUCAACAGUCCGAAUAGAAGUAAAAUAUACAAUGUCAUCAGUCUGGAGUUCUCAAAAACAAAGCUGUCCAAGGUAGUGGUGCCACCUGCAAUAGUUCGCCAGUUGAGCUGGGCAAACACUGUAUGGCCUGAUAACGUACCAGAUGAGAAAACCUCUCGACAGCCUGAUGUUCACAAGUAUUGUCUAAUGGGGGUUAAAGAUAGCUUUACAGAUUUCCACAUAGACUUCGGUGGUACCUCUGUCUGGUAUCAUGUAUUAUGGGGAGAGAAAGUUUUCUAUUUUGUCCGUCCAACACCCACUAAUCUAGAACUCUACGAGAACUGGGUCUCGUCCCCCAAUCAGAGUGAGACAUUCUUUGGUGACAUGGUUGACAUGUGCUACAAAUGUGUCGUGCGUCAAGGUCAAACAGUAUUCAUACCCACAGGAUGGAUCCAUGCGGUGCUGACACCUAUUGAUUCAUUGGUUUUUGGUGGGAACUUCUUACAUAGUUAUAGUAUAGAUCUACAAUUGCAAGUAUAUGAGUUGGAGAAGCGAGUUAAAACAGAAGAAAAAUAUCUCUUUCCUUUGUUUGAACCUAUGAACUGGUAUGCAGCGAAACAUGUGCUAGAUAUAUUACAUGAUCACUCAGAUGAAAACAGCCAACCCUUGCCACAUAUAUUAAAUGGUGCUAAAGCCCUUACACAAAUGCUCAAGAUAUGGACACAAAGAAAAGAAUUUAUAAAGAGUCAGAAGCUUGAGCUACCUGAGACAAUCGAAUAUGGCAAACUGCUGAAGGAUUUACAGAAAGAAGUCAAACAUAUUCAGAAACAAGGAGCUCACAAAGAGAGUUCCAAGGACUCUAAGCCAAGUAAAAAGAAGAAAGACAAGAAAAAGUCUGGAAAGGGAGGAGUGAAGAGAGAGGUUGAGGUGGAAGAGGAGUUUGCUGGAGAUGCUCUUCUGUGGGAGGAAAUGGAAAGAGAGGAAGAAGAGAGGAUAAAAAAGGAAGAUGAGAAGAAAAAAGAGGAAGAGGAUCGAAAAAAGCGAGAAGCUGUGUAUGAUUUUGAUGUAGAUACAGACUUGCAGAAUGAGGAUGAUGAAGACCCCUUCGGAUCAUCACCAUUACGCGUCAAGAUCCCCAGAGCAGAUUCACCUAGGACCCCUUCUAAGUCACCAAAAUCCCCAAGAUCUCCGAGAACUCUGAGACUGCACAGUCCUGGUGCUAAGUUAAAGCAUAGCCCAGGAUUUAAGACUCAGAACCCUGGUAUCAAGUUAAAGAUUCCUAAACAAGAGAAGCCACCAAUAGGACAGCUAAGCAUGGGGAUAGCAUCUGAUGACCAACUUGGGGCCAGUUUGAAAUUCAAACUCUCAGGAGGAAAAAUGAUCAACACACCUACCAUUAACAGUCCUAAACGCAUAUCAUCUCAGGAGUUGAUCUCAUCUCACCGCACAUCAUCACAGGACUCUGGCAGUCCUAGACAGUUCCGGCGGACCUCAUCCCAAGAAUCUGCCAGUGAUUCAGACACAGACCAGAAGCCAAUCGCAUCUCCCACAUCCUCGCCUCACAAACAUGGAUCUCUUAGGUUUAAAUUAUCAUUUAGUGGUAAGCCACUGCAAGAUCUCACACAAAGCAGCUCCCAAGACUCCCAGCAGGACUCUGACCUCGACUCCUCAAGACUUAACAGUUCAUACAGUGAUCUAGAGAAGGACCAGAAGCCAAAUAAAGGUGCUAUUAACUGGGAUAUUGGGGAUAUACUUGAGGCCAGUGGAUACUCAUCCUCCGGACCAGAAAAAGAAGAGGCAAAGAUAGAGAAAGCUCCACCGUCCAUGCGUGAUGCCAUCCAGGGUAUGCUUUCAAUGUCUCAGGGUGGGACGAGUCUACUAUCUGGCCCCUCAAUUCUCACCUUGGACCCCCUGCCCUCUACUCGACCUACCCUGGCUCCAUUUAAGGCCAAACCUCCUCCCAUUCCGCCCAAGGUAUUCAGUGAUGACAGAGGGGAGGUGAUGCCUAUGUGCUUUAAGGAUGAGGAAUAUGUUUACCCCACAUUGGACCAUUCUGAUGGUGAGCAAGAACAUGUCUUCAAGCCAAGAGGGAGACCACCUAAAGAUGAGACUUGGAACCCUAAAGCUCGUUUAAUACCCAACUGUCCCAAGCCAGAGAGACCUGCCAGGGAGGGUGUCAGGAGGGAGUCGGUGGAGAGUGGAUUAGCGGCAGCAGCGGCAAAAUUAGCUACAAUGCCUAGGCCUAAACGACAGUAUAUUCGUAAGAAACCCAAGAGGGACCGACCCAACAUGGCAAUGUCAUACUCCUCAGACAUGUUUGAUAAUCCCCAGGCAGGGACAUCAUCAGAUCUGACCAUAGAUCUAUCUCAGAGUGCCCCAGCAUCUACUAUGGCUGGAGCGAAGAGACCAUUGCAAGGUGCUCUAAAGUCAGGAUUACCUUUGAAAAAGCCAAAGAAAGGACAAGCUACUGCCAAACAGAGACUGGGGAAAAUAUUAAAACUACAUAAAUUCAAAAAAUAGUGAUAUAUAAAUGUUCCAAUGUAGUUACUAAGAGAUUUUUAUAAGGGACAACAGUGCUAUAAAGAUUAUGUAUGUCAUGAAGACCUGAAGUGUAAUGUGAUAUUAGUUUUGUUCAAUCAAAAACAUUUAUUAAUUUAAUAUUAAGUAUUAAUUUAUAUGGCUGGUCCAAGUUAUGUAAGUUGCUAAUUGAUAUUUUAUUUUCUUAUUCCUGAUUCAGCCUUCCUAUAGUAUUUUUUUAAAUAAAAAUAUAUGGAUGGAAAGCAUUAUUUUCUAAAUAUGUACAAGUAGCAAUGUCCAAUAGGUGAUACACUUAGUGCAAUAUGAGUUAGUUUGUAACAUGUGCAUAUACUGUAC